GUGAGAGCCGCCAUUGUUUAAGGAAGACGCGGAGUUGAUGGUCUGGAGGAGUUGUCUCUGGCGCAGUGAAGACUGCAGAGUGGAGACUCGUAGAGUGUGAAGACACGUAGGGUGUGAAGACUCGUAGAGUGUGUAGACUGCACACUAGUAGAGUGUAGAGCCUAGUGUAGAGUGGUCUCUGCGUGUCGUGCUGCUGCUGCUGCUUGCCAUGGCCUCGCCUCCGAAGGAGCACCCCGACCUCAAGGGCGGACAUCUCCCCGCGGUGAGAGCCGGCGGGAUGCGGAUCGUGCAGAAGCACCACCCUGGGGCCCCCGCGGCACCCGUCCCCAGCAAGCCGGACGAGCACGGCGAGGAGGAGGAGGAGGAAGAGGAGACGCCCGCCCCGCCGGCGCCCAAGCCACCAGUCGUCGUCGUGUCCGGAGCCAUCGCCAGGGGGGAUAAGGACUUCCCCCCAGAGGCUGUGAAAGUCGCUCACGAGAAGCCACAGCCCAAAGUGGAGCGCAACUGGGCAGCUCCUCACGUCAACGCACACAUCCAGCAGCCUCGCAAGUGAAGGGCUCGCCACACACAAACACUGGCAUUCACACACACACUGGCAUACACACACACACUGACACACACACUGACAUACACACACACAAACUGACAUACACACACACACACUGACAUACACAAACACUGACAUACACAAACACUGACAUACACAAACACUGACAUACACACACACUGACAUACAUACACACACUGACACACACACUGACAUACACACACAUGGCCGCACACACACUGAUACAUAGAUACAUAGAGACAUGUUGAGAUGCACACACACACGCCCCACAUACACACAUACACUCGACCGCACACACACGGAUACAUAGAGACACACAGAUGUGGACACUCGACCAUACAAAGACCCCCGCAUAGCCUUAACAGACUGUUGGGGGCAAGUGCUAUCGGUGCUGGCACAACGCACUUACGCACGUACAUACACAAUCUUACACACACACACCUACCUUUACACACAUACAUGCAAGUACCUUUACACAGACACGCUUACCUACACAUAUACCGUUACACACACACAUGCGUACUUUUACACACGCACAUACGUACCGUUACACGAACACACGUACCGUUACACACGCACACACAUAUACCUACACACAGGCGUGCGCCCACGCUCUUUAACGGUUGCCUCCUGGCCUCCGUCACCGCCAGGGAGGCGUGGGGCAGUCUUUGGUUUAGCGACAGAAAUUCCACGUCGUGCCCCCGGAAAUAUUAUUUCCACCCCCCUCCCCCUCUACUUUUCUAUCGCUCUCUUAAUUCACCUUCCGAGUUCUGACGGAAUACAGACUUUUUUUUACGUUUUCCAUAACAGAGCUUUUAUUUUUUGGUUGGGUUAGGUUGCGUAAAUACAAAUGUUGUGUCGUCAAACCCGCCACCACCCGACAUGGCCAAUUAGUAAAUAGGUUUUGUCACGUGAACAGAACGUGCCUAUUCUUUACUCGUACAGCACUAGUGUAUAGUGUCGAGUAUAAUGUAGUAUGUAGUGUAUAGUAGUAUAGUAUACUAGUACAGAACUAGUGUAUAGUGUCGAGUAUAAUGUAGUGUAUAGUAGUAUUGUGUACUAUACUAGUACAGCACUAGUGGAUUUACAAUUUUACGUUUUGCCAGUAAUCACAACAACCAGCAUCAUCAGGCAACAGCCAGAUGUUGUGGAUUUACUCUCCAACACACAACCGGUGUGCUGUACUAGUAUACUACGCAACUUUACACGACACUACUAUACACUUCACUCCACACUACACAACUAUACACGGCACUCCACUCUACACUGCUAUACACUACACUACGAUACACUACACUACUAUGCACUACACUCCACACUACACUACUUUAUACCACACUGCUAUACACCACACUGCUAUACACUACACUACUAUUUCACUAGUGCUGUAAUAGUAACGAAUUGGCAGGUCCUGUUUACGUGACAAACCCCUUACCGAUUCGCUGUGGUCAGGUGGUGGUGGUGGUGGCGGGUUUAACGCUAACAUUUGUAUCUAUGCGAUGUAACCUAAAACACCUCUGUCAUGGAUGAUAUUGGGCGCAAAACCCUGCUGCAUUCUGAAACAGAUUUGUUUCUCUUCAGCCGCUCGGCGCCAAGUUGCGCGCCGGUUUAUAGUCGUAGUGACGCCUCAUAAAUGCCGGCGUGAAGUUUGUAUUUCUAAAGUUUUUGUUCGUUCUUGCGCUGACGACAAUAAUGAUGAUGGCGAUGAUAAGUGCUUUACGCUCUACGCUUUACUUGAACAAUUAUUCGCGUCUUUUUUUGCGCAAUGUCAACACGCGAAGAACAGCCUGUUGCUGUUGUUGAAUCUUAAUCCAAUCUCAAUUCCCCCCCCCCCCCCCCCCGAGUCUCAACGACGCAGACUCCCAGAGUCUCAAUGCAGAUUGAGACCCGGUCUCCCAAAGUCUCAACGCAGACUGAGUCUCGGCAGUAGCCGUGUCCCGUGUCCCCCGUGUCCCCAAGCGAGCGCUGCCCCGAGGUGUAAUUGGCCAUCCCCCACCCUUCGGCUUUGUUCUUCACCCAAAGACGUCGCCGGGCUCAUUGAGUCUCCACCGUCGGUCCAAGGGAGGGGGUGAAACGUCCGACACUAAAUGAGCGACAUAUUUUUGUCCGUGCACACACACAACGCACAUGCACCAACGCAGACCAGCGGCGGAGUUCAGUUCCACGGGUUUGGAACUGCAGUGCAUCUGCGGUGGUGGUGGGGGUGAUCGUCGUCGUUGUUCUGUGUUCUCUUCGUCGGUGCGAUCGUAGAGAGAGGUGGCGGGGGGUGGUGCGGGUGGGUGGCCUUUUUACUGCGAACGUGGGGAUGUCGAGCGAGAGAGGGCGCUCUGUAAAUCGGGGACGGUGGACGACGAAGGGGGGUGGGGGGGGGGGAGUGAGGAUCGCUCAGGGGGGGGGGGGCGUGGGGGGAGAUGCUUUUCGGCAUUGGUUGCGUGUCAAAACCGAUCCUUUAAUUUGUUUUACACCCCCCCGCCCCCGAGCUCCGAUUUAACCCUUAACACUAAACGCCCAAAUCGCAAUGGAGGUCGUAGAUGAUCUGUUUUUUUUUGAGGCCGUGAUGUCAUUUCAUUUUAAUGCGAAACUUCCCACCGGGGACUCGUAACAUGGGCUCCCCCCCCGUCCCCCCCCCCCGGUCUCCGAGCGAUCGUCCAAACGGAUCGACCCGAAGCCGCCCGUCGCUCCGUCGUCUCUUCUCGGCAACUCGGCCCAUGGCGCGUUCGCGAACCGCCGCGUGCGCCUCCUUACCCCCCCCUCUCCCUGGAUUCUGGCGCCGGUGAGAGGCCGUUGACAUUUGUGACACCGUGGAUUUCACAGCAAGCGCCGAUGGCUCGGGCCGUUCGAGAUUGAGGGUGGAGUUGGGAAGGGACCACGGCACUCGAGGGCUCGCAGCGGCCGUGUGCGUUCGCGCCCAGAGGGCUUUGAGAGGGCUUUGAGAGGUCGUGACCCCCGCCUCCCCCUUCCCCCCCCCCCGCCUCCCCCGCAGUCUGUGGGGGUUGUCCCCUUUGUGUUGUCGGACCACGGCGAUGGCCGUGCCGGAAUCGCGUUGCCAAUGACCGCACGGGGAUAGGAAAAAAAAAAGUUGUAAUUGAAAUAAAAUUCUGCCGCGCAAAA